AUGCCCCUUCGAGACAGAGUUAAACGAGUUUUCCGCCGCUCCUCGCUCCCGGCUCCCAAAACCAACCGGAAUGGCGUCAAAAUCGAAUACUACCGUCGCAGUGAGGUUCCCAAGUCGAAAUUCAAGGGACCCUUCGAUCCAGAGCACCAAAAACAACUGGCAGCGUGGUCUUUCCAGACAGCCAUGGCUGAGCGUCCGCGUUCGCAAGAUCUUUCACUAUCCCCAUGUACCUCAUUACCCGACUACAUGAGACUGCCACAACAAAGUCGACCUCAGCAAAACGAGGAGAUUGCCCCUGAUCAAAUGACAGAAGAGCCUGCUCCAAAUGCAGAUGUCAUGGACACCUCUCCUACUGUCACUCAGGUUGAAGACACCCAACGCCAGGCCGAUGGGGGUUCGCAAUCUUCCACCAUGGUCGAUCCCGAUAGUUACAGCGGCUCAAUGAUGACCCUGCUUCCCGAAAACCACCGAGACGGUUCGAUAUGCAACAUCAAGGAAACCAUUCGUUACACUUCUCCCGUCUUACGAACCGCAUCCCCCCCGCCCAUGUCACCCAAGGGUGCCGGUACCUACAUGCCAUUCUCUCCUGAAGAUCUGACACGAGCGUUGAACGCAGUCCAGAUUUAUUAA